AUGGGCGAUGCUCUUGGAGUGUUUAGCACCAUUUUCCAGCCAAAUCAAGUCUGCUGGACGGCAUUGAUGCUCGGGUACGUUGAAAACAGCCAGGCCGAAACAGCGCUACAUUUUUUCUUGCUAAUGCAGCUCGAGGGAUGUUCUCCAGACGUGUGGACGCUCGUUUGCGUGCUCAAAGCUUGUGGAAGCUCAGUAGCCUUGAGGCUUGGCCGGAUACUUCACGAAGAGAUCACGAGCUUGGGGUUCCAGUUCCAGGGAGCCGUGAUCUCUUCGUUGGUAGAUUUCUACAGCAGAUGUGGGAGCAUGGACGAAGCGGAGCUGGUUUUCAACUCGGUCUCGAGGAAGGAUGCUGUGAGUUGGAGCUCACUUAUCGCGGGCUACAGCCGCCAGGGAGACAACGAUCGAGUGAUCCAGCUCUUUGAGAAGAUGUGUGACGAGGGUGUCAAGCCGGACGGUGUAACUUAUGUCUCGGUGCUCGCGACUUGCAGCCGGGCUGGGAUGAUCGAGCAAGGCAAGAAGUUUUUCUAG